AUGUUGGAAGCUGAGUGCAAACCCACAAUGCAACCACAGAGGCGACUUAACCCAACUCUCAAAGAGGUAGUGAAGAAAGAAGUGCUUAAACUGUUGGAUGCAGGCUGUGUGCUUAAAAGAUGUAAGGAGACUAAUCUGCUUCUGAACUGGGAGAAAUGUCAUUUUAUGGUAAGAGAGGGUAUAGUCUUAGGUCACAAGGUGUCGAAGAAAGGGAUUAAAGUUGAUCGAGCAAAAGUGGAGAUAAUAGAGAAGUUGCCACCACCCACUUCAACAAAAGGAGCAUUCAAUUUAUUGAAGGAGAAACUCACUUCUGUACCAGUGAUCGUUGCACCUAAUUGGGAGCUUCCGUUUGAGCUGAUGUGUGAUGCCAGAGACUAUGUUGUAGGAGCAGUACUUGGGCAAAGGAGAGCAUUAAUUGUUGCUCCAUGUGAGAUGUGGAUGCACUUGGCUGUGCUGCGUGCCUCUGAAAGAAAGCCGUUUGUUGCUCGAUUAACUGCGCCUGCUGUUCAACUAGAUGAGUCAUCGCUGCUAAUGUUUGGUGGAUUGGUGGAUCUUGAUCCCUGGGAGCCUCAGCAGCCUCUUGAGGAGCUUGAGACACUUGAUCUUCUGUUAUAG